AUGGCUCAGAGAGACCCUCGGUUCAACCAGCAAGUCCUCGUGGACACCACGCCCAUGCCGGACCACAUUCCCAAGGUGGACGAGCUAGGCACUACCUCUGCUCCCUUGUUCAGCGCGGCUUACUUCAUCGGCGAGCGCUGCAAGGCGUACAACGAUGAUUUCAUGAAGUGCAAGGACGAGUCCAACGGCCGCGGAGCGAUCGACUGCUUGAAGGAGGGUCGCAAGGUUACCCGUUGCGCCGCCAGUGUCAUUAAGGAUAUCAACACCCACUGCCUGCAGGAGUUCAAGGCCCACUGGGAGUGCCUUGAGAACAACAACCACUACCUCUUCGAGUGCCGCAAGCCCGAGAUGGCCCUGAACAAGUGUGUCUUCGACAAGCUGGGUAUCGAGAAGAAGAUCCCUGAUACCCCCGAAGGCCAGGUCCCGGUCCACCUGCGUCCCAAACAGAAGUACGCUAUCUACCCGGGUCGGCAGUACUAA